GCUAAAAAUUAACAUUAUCUUGUAUGUACGGUGCAAGUAUUCAUUGAAAUUCAUGAAAUUGUAACUUUGAUUCAAGCAUUGUGAAAGAAACUGAAGAAUAGAAAUAUGCGACUAAACACGUGUAAAACAUUUACUCGGACAUUGAAAUCUCAACUGUCAAGUGCUCAUGAGGUUUUUGGCCGGUUCACAACCCAACAACGAUUUUCGAAUUCUGUAUUAAUCAACCAACAAUUUAAUGUAGCCAUGUCAACCACCACCACCACCGAUAACAAUAUGAAAAUAAUAAAAAUAGGCACUCAUAAUGGAACAUUUCAUUGUGAUGAAUCGUUGGCUUGUUUUAUGAUCAAGAAAUUACCAUCAUUUGAGAAUGGCACUAUUAUACGAUCACGUGAAACAAAUGAACUCAAUUCAUGUGAUAUUGUUGUCGAUGUUGGCGGUAUUUAUGAUCCUGAUUCAAAACGUUUUGAUCAUCAUCAAAAAACCUUUGUUAAAACUUUAAACGAUUUUUUUCCCGAGAAAAAUCCUAAAAUUGGUAAUAUUAAAUUAAGCUCAGCUGGUUUGAUUUACGCCCAUUAUGGACAUGAAAUUUUGGCACGUAUAUUAGAUUGGAACAAAGAUGAACAACGAACCGAUAUUAUUUUCGAUAUGGUUUAUGAAAAUUUUGUGAAAGAAGUUGAUGCGAUCGAUAAUGGUAUUAAUAUGUACGAAUGUGAACCCGUCUAUCAUAUCCAUACUCACCUAUCACAACGUGUAGCUAAUCUAAAACCUCAUUGGAAUGAAGAAGAAACUCACGAAAUUCUUUAUGAACGUUUCUUGAAAGCGGUUGAUCUUACUGGACGAGAAUUUGUUGAAUGUGUUAAUUAUUACGGACAUUCAUGGUAUCCAGCUAGACAAAUCGUAAAGGAAGCAUUCGAUAAACGAUUUGAAAAUGAUCCUAGUGGUCGUAUUAUACUACUUAAUGUUGGCCUACCAUGGAUACAGCAUUUAUUUCAAAUUGAAUCGGAAAAUAAUGCUGAAGGACAGAUAGCAUUUGCCAUCUUUCCGGAUCAUGAUGGUUGGCGUAUACGUGCUGUACCAGUAUCUGAAUCCAGUUUUGAAUUACGUAAUCCACUCAAAGCCGAAUGGAGAGGUUUACAAGCGGACGACGUAUGCCGUUUGUCCAAAAUAGAUGGCUGUGUAUUUGUCCAUUCAACCGGAUUUAUUGGCGGUAAUAAAACAAUUGAUGGAGCAUUGCAAAUGGCCCGUGAAAGUUUACAAUGUAAAAAAUUAAAAACUGAUAAUUAAAAAUUUUUAUUUAUUAAAAAAAAUUUCAAAUUUGA